CUUCUGACGAACUCAAAGAAGAAAAGCAAAAAAGGAAAAUCACCUAACAGUACCCGCGCAAUGGAAAAUGAAACAAAUGCCAAAAAAAAGAAAAGAAUAAAUCUUUCCUGUGAAGAUGUUGAGGUCUCCUCUGUGGAAGUGUGACUCAGAGACUUCCUCUGUGAUGGCAGGUGAUGAAUUCUAUUUUCUGCAUCGCUUCAGGGUGACAUCAGCUGGAAAUUCCACUGUUUGUCUUGCUCAAUCCCUUCUAGCUGCAAUUCGAUAUAAAGGAUGCCCGGAGCUGCUGCCAGACACCACAACAGCCUCCAAGAGAUCCUGGUUCCAGUCCAUCGCCUGCUUCUCCACUCCACCCAGCAGAAACAAUGAAGGUCUACGCAAGUGCCUGCACACUGGCCCUCCUGCUCCUCCUCGCCCUGUGCUCCCAGACCUUCGGCUCUCCAGUGGCAGGCGAUCCGCCAACUUCUUGCUGCUUCAGCUACGUAGCAAGGAAAAUUCCACGCAACUUGCUGAAAGACUACUACGAGACCAGCAGCAAGUGUUCUCAACCGGGUGUGGUGUUUACUACAAAAAAAGGCAAAUAUAUCUGUGCCAACCCCAAGGAACAAUGGGUCCAAGACCACAUGAACUACCUCGACACAAAACCAGCGGUGUCAGAAUAAAGUCACUUUCAGCGGGGCCCAAAAGCACCGUGUGUCCACAAGAUUUCACGUUAAGACAAAAAUUUCACGUUGAGACAAAAAGACGUUAAGGCAAAAAUAUUCCCUUCACUCUGCGAUGCCGUUUUCUUGGUCGGAGAGGGAGACUGUAGUUGCAUAUUGACCAACUCAGGGAUUUGUGAUAAUUAUUUAAGUUGUUUUACCCAAACUGAGACUGUUAUUCUUAUUAAUUAUUUUAUUUAAGUGAACAAACUUUUAAAAUAUUUUUGUAUGUAUUUAUGUGUGCGUUUGUGUGUUGUAUAACAUGGAAUGAACUGAAAACAACAUUUCCCCUAAUAAAUAUAUGUAUA